AUGGCAUCGAGUUCACAUUUCUAUGAAAAUAAGGGUCGUUCUUUGUCUAGGGCACCAUUCUUUGAUGGCACCGAUUAUGCAUAUUGGAAAACAAUGAUGGAAGAUUUUUUAACUGCAUAUAGUCUUGAUUUGUGGGAAAUAGUUAGAGAUGGUCCAUAUGUCCCUAAGGAAAAGGUAAAGAGAGGAGAAGUAGAAGAGAUAGUAGAAAAGAAUAGAGAUAAGUACACGGAUGAAGAUAAUAGAUUAAUUGCUUUAAACGCUAAGGCUAAGAGUGCAUUUCAUUGUGCUUUGAGUAGAUCUGAAUUUAAUCAUGUACAGUGUUGUAAAUCUGCUUAUGAAAUUUGGAAGAAGUUAGAUUUAAAAUAUGAAGAUUUUGAAAAGGUGCAAAAAGUUCUAAGAUCUCUACUGGAGGCAUGGGAUCCAAAGGAAUCCAAUGGAGAGGAGGAUUCGGAAGAGGAGAUUGCCAUGUUAGCUAGGAGGCUUCGAAACUUUAUGAAAAAGAAUAAAAGGAGUUCCAGCAAGACUAAUCCCGUAGAAGCCUCAAAUGAAAAGAAAGUGGAGGUUACUUGCUACAAGUGUGGCAAAAUUGGACACUACAAGUCCGAAUGUCCCAAAUCAAAGAAGGGUAGAUCCAAAGGAAGGAGAAAGGAAGAGAACAAGUAUAGAAAAGCAUUCAAAGCAACUUGGGAUGAUUCUAGUGAAUCUGAAUCAUCUUCAAGCGAUGAAGAAGAAGAAAAGGCCAAUUUUUGUUUGAUGGCCAAAGGACAAAAGAACUCAUCUUCCACAGAUGAGGAGGUGUGCUUGAAGGCCAAAGGCACUUCAAGCCAAUGGUUCUUGGACAGCGGAUGUUCAAGGCACAUGACUGGAGAUGCCACCUUAUUUUCGUCUCUUAAAGCUAAAAAGCAUAGAAGUAAUGUCACUUUUGGCGAUGGCUCAAAAGUGAAAAUUGUAGGCAUUGGAAAUGUGAGUAAUCCUUCUAAACUCAUGUUUGAAGAUGUCUUAUUUGUGAGUGGCUUAUCCUACAACUUGCUUAGCAUAAGUCAAUUAAUUGACAAAGGCUACAUGGUUGCAUUUGAAG